CGCCUACAUCUUCAUAUAACUGAAAGUCUAGACGCUACAUUUGGACGUGCCUUGCAAGCCUAGCCAAUCAUUAUCUCCGGGAGUUCCCAAAAGACUGAGAUCGAGUGUCUAGUCACACAGUCACAUGAUUGUUACUUACUUUAUACAACAACAUGGCGCCGCCGUUACUUUCAAGAUUGUUUAGCAAUAGGAAACAAUCGCAUAGAAGUUCCCAUUCUCAUGAACUUUGGUCCGAAACAAACAGUUGGAAACCUCCAAAAUUCAAUGGCUCGAAACAAGUACGAGUUCUCCUUUUCCGAGAAUGUGACUGGAGAGGUAGAAAACUGUUGUUUGAUUCAAAAUCUGUGAAGAAACUUUCUCGCCAAGAUCUCAAUUCAUCUUGUGACUUGAAAAGGCUUAAAGUUAAUGGCCAUGUAACUGGAUCAAACACAAUACCUCGCAGAAAAAAUGACCAGCAUAGGGAAGUGGCCAGUGAUGGCACUGUUUAUCAGUACCUUAAGCCAUGUAGUGACGUUAAGAUGCUUGGAGAAAUGAUAUUUGGAUCUGUGACCAUGUCAUACAAAGGGGAUACUGUUAAAGUUCAUACAGUGAGGUCACCUCAAGAACUGAUGCUUAGUGUUGUUUUUCCUGCACCUCUUCCAAAUAAAAAAAUGGGUGAUAGGGAUCUUGAAGUUUCAUCUAGCCUGCACAAUUCUACUAGUGAAAUUCUAAUAUCAAAAUGUGGUGAAAAGAUGGAAUCAUUAUGUGUAGCUCACAGUGUUCCCGUGGAUGUGCCAGGUCACACUUCUGUUUUACAGCAAAGGAAUGACGGUGGUUGUUUGCCUUCUGGAAGUCACACUUUCCUGGCAGACUCUUUACAUUCCACAGCCAGUAGUAAUAGCCUACUUAGUUUUCCUGUUACUCCUGACACUGCCAGUUCUAGUCUAUCACAUUCUGGUAGUUUCAGUAGUCUUCAGCGAAGAUGGCUUCGAAAUCUAACCACUAGCAUGGAGGUUUGGCUACGACGUCGUUCAGAAGAUUCACCUCAAAGUGAGGAGCCUAAAAGAUCCUCUGGCCAUACAAGGACAAGAUUAGGAUUGAGUAUUAUCAUUUCUCUGGAAGAAGGAAACUUAGAAGAAGAAAGUAGGUUCCAUGAUUUUUUUUUCUCUCACAUUGCCCUAAUAGAAAGUCAUGUGACCCAAUUAAAGGACCUUGUCUUAGGGAGCUAUUUAAACCGCAAGAAUUUUGUAAAUGCAAUAUACAAGGGAGUAGAGCAGCUUCAAGCAUCUUUACAAGAUCUUGUCACGGGUCCUCGCCUCAUGUCUCCAGUAUGGUUAUCUAUGAUGUCUCCCUCGGUUAAUCAUCAUCUUCACUGCACGAGGUUCAUCAGUGAAUUCAUUGCACUCCUUGAAGAAUUUGAUACCAAGUAUACAAACUUCUUCGUCAGCACACUGUUGACAGCAGUCUUGACUCACCAUCUAGCAUGGGUUCCUACAGUUUCUCCACCAGGUGUCACAACCAACCACUUUGACCAUAGGAAGCACACAGCACAAUGGGUGGACAUGCUGGCCAAGUCUCAUCCAUAUAAUCCAUUAUGGAUGCAACUAGGGGAUCUAUAUGGAGCUCUUGGAACUCCAACCAAAUUAUCAAAAACUGUUAUCACAGGAAAAAAAGCUGAUGUCAUUUUGCGAUUUUUGUACAUUCUAAGCUACUUCAUUCGCUGUAGUGAUAUUUGUGAAUAUGAGCAGGAUUGGUCCAAAAGUGAUAAAGGAAAGUGGAUUCACCAAAACACAUCUUCAAGUGAAGCUACCCAUAAACUUGGUCAAAAAGCUGACUUUGACAUUAGUUGUAGUGAUGAUCAAUGUCCAUGUGAGAGAUUAGCUGAUGGAAGGGAUCAACUCUGGAUGUACAAGAAUAUUAAUUUCAAAACACCACAGAAAUUUGAAAUUGUAGAGAAGCAACAGGCUGUAACAGCUACAGCAGAGCAUAUGUGCAGAUAUGAGACAGCAGAAGAUAGAUUUCGCUUGCAUAAGCAACUUUACUGGAAAUCUUGCAGAAAUCAAAUUGAUCAAAUUUUAGAGGGAGAUCAACAACACAGGAAACCAAUACAUAAUGUAGAACUUUACCAGCGUAGUCACAAUGCUUUUACAGUAAUUCCUGAAGAAAGAGACAUGAACAGUGUUGUUUUUGUGCUUGGAGAAAGCCCACUGCAUUCCCAUUUUGAUUCAAAGAUUAAUGUUUGUAAGGAGUGUAAGGGAGUACAAGAACCACUAAACGAAGAAGGCUGUACACCUAAAGAAAUACCUACGUUAGACAGUUUGGGUUAUAAUAGCAUGGAGGAUAUACUAGAAUCCACAGCAGAGAACAGAAGAAUAGAAAAUGAAAUGGAAAAUACUAUGCAGGAAAAAGAAAUCUCAAGUAAAAAUUGUUUUGAACUAAACAAAUGCAACAAUUUGGUUACAGUAAAAGAAUUUGUCCCUCCUACAUUAAAAGUUGAACAUGUAAAAAAUGUAUAUACAAGUACACCAUUUAAAAAUAAUAAAAUCCUUUCGAAUCAUGAACAUAGUGAUACUUUACAUGACUCUUUGUUGUUAAGAUCCAGUGUUACUAGUGAAUGUUUUCUAGAUAGUGGAAAUUCUUCCAACUUGAAGAAAAUACCUGUUCACUCUGUAUCAUAUCCUGAUGAAUUGCAGAACAAGAGCAUUGAGUCAAAAAGCAUUGACCAAACUAGGCAGUAUUUUCAAGCAUACAACAGUUUAAGGUUUGCUCCUGAACCAAAACACACCUCUCAUCGUUUUAUUGGGAAUUAUGUGCAAGAAAAUUUGCCCCAGGUGAGUCACCAAGAACUUGGAGCUCAUAUGAUUGCUAAAGCCAAGGAAGAAUUCACUACUUCUUGCCAUUGUAAACCAAGCAAACCUUUAAAACAAUUGUCUGCAGUUACCACUAUUCCUGAGGAAGGCUACCAAAGCUUAGAAGAAGGAUGUCCCCAAGAGAGACAUACUUCACUUGGAGAUAUCUUGAGGUCACAAGAGGAACAUCCUUUAGAUGGAAUAAUGGAGUUAAAUUUACCACAGUUGCAAAGCAAGCAGGCAGGUACAAAAGACAAAGUUUUGAGUACUUUUGGAUGGUCUUUAUUUGGUGGUGUCUCAGACCAUUAUAUGACAGACUUUUGUCUUCAGGGGAUCAAAGGAUCUGUACGUGAUGUGGACAUUAGAAAUGACCUAGUCACUUCCACUCAGGCUCCUGUGCUUGGUGAUCCUGUAGCUGAGACAGUUUGUAUUUUAGCUGACACCGAUCAAUGGAGCGUCCAUUUAAUUUCAAGUAAUCGACAGGAUGGAGACAAAACAGGAUCUUGUAGUCUGAGGGUGAGCAUGUCACCAAUUGUUUCAGGAAUGUGUGAGUCCUUAAUACAGAUGUGUAAACUGAAGAUGUCACCUGAGUUUUGUUUGAUGCAUCUGGAAGACAGGCUUCAGGAGCUUUAUUUUCGCAGUGAAUCUUUAGUGUCUUACCUUGCAGACAACAGAACUCCUGAUAGUUUGGACAAUGCUGUAGCUGUGCUUGGGUUUGACCCCACUGACUUACCUCUUCUAAUGUCUGUGGCCUUAACACAUGCACCUCAGUUGGGAGGACACACCUGAUGAUUUUAUUGAAAUUGAGAGUUUUGGAAGAAUACUACAGUAAUGUUUUCUAGUCAUUUCAAGGAUUUGAGGUGGUGGAUCAUUUGUACUGAUGAACUGGUACAAAAAUGAAAAAAAUAGUAUUUAAUUUUGCUUCUUAAAUUACAGAUGGUUUCUGAAACAUAGAAAGCACAUAAGCUAAGUUUGACUUUUCACUAGAUAUUUCACAUUAACAGAGUAUUUUUUUUAAAUAAUAUACUUUUUGUAUUGAUUUUUUCUGUUUUUUUCUGACUAGCUUUUAAUCAUAAGCCAACUGAUCUCAAGACUAAAGUUACAAAAAUUUUUCAGAGGUGUUGGAGUGAAUUUAGUAGUACAUUAUUCCAACUGAUGCAACAACUCCUAUGUCAGAAGACAAAAAAUAAAGCAAAAAGCUAUAAUUGCAUCUUAAUUGAGCAACUGUAUAAAUAUAUUAGGUUAAUGUAAUUACAAAGUCAAACGGUUAUAUUUAGAAAACAAGCACCAAGAUAAAACUUAUAUCAAAGACGCUUUUGAUCAGUUUAUAGAAUUAUGAAUUAAAUGUCUGUAGUUCCUUGUAAAGGGCAAAUAACUUUAUAAAACAGUAAUUUAUGAAAUCAGAACUUCAGCAAAUUUCUCCUUCAUUUGGGUAUUAUGAAAUUGUAAUUAUAAAUAUAUUUUCAAUGUACAGGUUUCUCUUGUGACAUCAUAACUCCUGGUAAAAUGUCUGUGUCAUUCUUGGAGGUGAAAACUACUGCAUACAAUGCUAAAUGAAAAUACUAUUUGUUUCCAUAAAUUAGUAAAAAAGAUAUUUGUCAUAUUCUAUAAGAGUACGUUUAUACUUACAUUUAGAAGAUUUUGGAUUGUAAAUUAAAAAAUAUUUUUUAAGUAUGUUAUUUUUCACUACCAAGGUAAUUAAAACUGAUACCAGGAGUUUGAAACCAUGGUGAAAUACCUUUAUAUAGGUAAGAAAUUACCUGCUACGCACAGACUCACACGUAUUAAAGAUACAAACAUAAAUUAUAAUAAAAUAAGAAGUAAAAGUGGCUGCUGCUGACUUGUUACCUCCCUAUGGUCAUUGGUUUCAGUAUUAAGGAUGAUUGUAUGCUAGUUGAACUAUGCAGUGACAAAUGUGCUACAAUGGGAAAGCCUGUGCUUUGGCUGGUUCUAAACUCUUCUAGUGUGUAAAUCAAAUCAGUCAAAUUAAAGUUAAUUUAAGUUAAAACUGAAUUAAUGUGUUAGCAAAGUAGAAUUUUUUUUUUUCCAGAUGGAAAUAAUUUUAUGUAAUAAUAAAUACACAAGAAAUAUAGGGUAUACAAAUUAGGGUUGCUGGACUUUUUUUUUUUUUCUGAAAAUAAGCUAAUAUUUUUCACAGAAAAAUACAACAGGAAUUAAGGAAUUGUAUAUACAAGUACAGGAAUAUUAAUUCAUAGUUUUGUAUAAAUGUAUUGGAUAAAACCCCCUCAAUGAAAUGUUGUGACAAGUAGGUUGUAACUUUGGAAUGUUUUUUUAAAAGCUUGGAUGAGGUGAUGUAUUCUGGUAACAAACUUUGGACAUUUGAAAUAACAAGGAAGUUGUUUGUUUUUAUGAUUUAUUGAGUGCCAUGUGCCAAAAUGUGCCACAGCACAAAUAAUAGGUAGCAACUGUGUUGCACCUUUUGAAACUAAAUUUCAUGUAGUGUAUCCUACAACCUGUACAAAUGUAUUUAACUAAUUUUUCUAAGUAAAUCUCACAGGUUCAAAAGUUUGCAUUGUAAUAUUAUUUUAAGAUGCUUUAUUGUGUUAUAUAACUUUUGGGUUAGGUUAUGUUUUCAAAAGUGUAUUAUAUGUUCCAGAACAUUAUUAAUUAGUGUUAUUGUUCACUUAUUUAUUUUGACACAAAUAUUGUUAAAAAUAUCAAUUUUGUCAUUGAAAAUGAUUUAGAUAAGUCAUUACUGUGUCAAACUGUUGUGAUGCUAUACGGAUCUUUGAAAAAGUAUUCAAGUAAAAUGUGUUCCUGGUUGCUAGUGUACAAUCCAAUGCUUUAAUAGGACACAAUAUGGAUACAUGUUUUUGCCAGAAAUUAUGAAAACGAUUUUUAGUACCAUAAAUUUGUGAAGGAGAAUUUAGAAAUCCACUAUUAUGAUAACAUUUUUUGAAUAUUUCAUGGUCACAUCUUUAGCAUUUAUUAACAAACCUUGUUGCACUAAACUAUCAAACAAAUACUGACAUCUGAUAGCCCAAGAUGUGGCCUUGCUUUUGAAACAAUAUUUUUCACCUUUGUGCCUCAUCAGGUAAUAACUGGUUGUGAACCAAUGUUAACUUUUGUGUAUAUCAGAUACAAAACUGUCUAUUUAGUCAUAUUCCAAACUACUCUUUCAAAAUAUACAUCGUUGUUUGGGUUUUAGAAAAUUCUGUGGAUUCAAAACAAUUUGGCUUUCUUACGAAAGAUGUUCAUUUACUACAUUGUCAUUUUUAUUGUAAGACUAAUUCCCUCGGUUGCUGUUAUAAUAAUAUAGUGAAGUAUUAAAUCGAGGAAAUUCAGUUAAUUCUUUCUGAUUGCAAUAUUUGAUUCUUUUCUUUAUGUAAAUUAACAUAUAUUAAAUAAAAUUAUGAUAAGAUUUAUACUAUUUGUCUGAAAUGAUGCAAGUAUUAUCUAGUAACAAACUUAAAGCAAAAAUUCUUAGAGCAUUAAUAUAGUUGGUUUAAUUUGAAAUGAAAAAAUAAGAUAAAGAAUAAAAUGAGGGUUGUACUGUUAUCUACACAGUUAGAGUACAUUAGUCUACUUAAAACUAAACGUUUUGGAUUUGUAACUUUUCAGAGUAAUACAUUUUUCUUAAUCAUGUCAUAUGCCAGCAAAAUGUAUACAUUUUACUUUAAUAAGUGCAUUUACAUUGAUAGAAAUAUUUUGCACAGUUUUUCUUUUUUUUUUGUUAACUUCUUUUAUUACACAUUAGGAGACUAGGUUUUUUCUAAAGAAAAUCCAAUCCUGUACAUUGAUGUUCAUGCAUAGUGUUUGUCUAUGUAUUAAAAGUUACGUUUAUGUUCAGUGAAGUAUCUGAGAAAUUUCAGGAAAUGAAAAUUUAUUGCCAUCUGUACAUAUAAAUGAUAGUUAUAAAAUUGUUGAAAUGAUUA